GAUCAGGCGUGUAGAUGGGAGAAGAAAGAAAAAAAGGAAGAGGACGUAGAAAAAAAGGAAUAAUGGAAGUGGAAGAAGAGGAGCCAAGCCACAAUAUUUAGGUCCGCAGAAAACGACACGCCGAUUUAUUUGAAGUGAAGGACGGAGAUUAAAAUGGCCUUGAAAAACACCACACUCGUUUUGUCCACCGCCAUCACCACCUUCUCCCAGAUCAAUGACAAAGUGUAUUACAGACUCACACAUAAGGAAGAGGUGCGUGCCAUGAGGGAGGCGGUGGAGGUGUGGGGGAUCCAGCACGCCAUCACAGACAACCUGCAGUUCAUGCUUGGGAUGGGACACACUGGGACAGCCUCGGACCGUUGGUGGGAGCAAGACAAGGCUGUGGCAAUUUUGCCACUCAGACCUGUUGCCAUGUUACCAUUAUUGCACAUCCUAAGAAGAUGUGUGUAUGUGUGCAUAUGUGUGUUUACCUAGUUGUAUUUACCUAGUAGUAUUGUACAGGGUUCGAGCGGGCCUCAUAGCGUCCUGUCUCCAUGUCUCCAUUUAUCCAAUUUUUUCUUUAAA